AUGUAUCAGGACAUAAUUAAAGUUGGUUCAAACCCAAUUUUGGAUCUCCAAAAUACUUACGAUGCCGAAAACGUAAAACUGAAGGUCAGGGAUGUUAUCAAAAUUAAUGUGCUACUGAAGGUCAAAAGCGUUGAAAGCGUAUUUUGGUGUGCUAAAUGUUUUAAUAAAUUUUAUCAUCUAAGCGUUGGCUGUUAA